GCCCUGUCAGGGUUCUGGUCCUGGGACCAGGCUGCUUUCAGGCAGCAGGGGGGCAGCGCGUCUGCCCCUGUUCAACCUUGUAAGGAUGAUUCCUCAAAAAAAAAAACCUGCACCUGCGGUGCUUGUUGUCGGUGGGGACUGGAACUGUGUCACCGAUGCCAGUCAGGAGGCGGCCCCUAGCCUGUCACAUGCUGCAGGUGCCCCGCAACUUGCCAGCCUCCUCGCCCAGUUCAGUCUGGUGGACCCUUGGGCGAGCAAGCGUGGCGGCGCCAAGGGCUACACGCAUCCGGCCACGCCCAAGCCAGCCACUCCCGCACGCCUGGAUCGGUGGUAUGUCAGUUCCACCGCGGCGCCGUGGGUGCUGGAUGUCGCACGCACGUAUGGGGCGCCUGGGGACCACAACGGUGUGCUGCUCACCCUGUCCUUGCCCGACCUGCCACAUGCGCACCGGGAGCAGUGGCGCUUCCCCACAUACCUGCUGUUUCACCCCUCGCUGCGUCUGGAGCUCGAGCAGCGCUUGGAGGCGCACGUUGCCGCAAAUCCUGUGACCAGUGCAGGUGACGGCGCUUGCACGCAAUGGGAGGCGGACAAGUUCUUCUUGCGGGAGGCUGCCACCAGCAUCCACCGUCGGCAUGCACGCCAGACCCGGGACGGGCUGCAUGGCGUGGUGCUGGCCGCAGACACGGCCGCUGCCCUGGCCGACCGGCCGGGUGCCAGCGCCGCGCAGCGUCAGGCUGCGGCCAUGGCCAACUUGGCGGUGCGGGAGGAGCGGGCAGCUGCCGCAGCGGCCAGCCACAAUGCCCGCGCUGCACUGAUGGAGGAGCAUGGGGAGCGGGGCACUCGCUGGUUCCAUCGGCAGGCUGACGAGCCAGCAGCCGGCGCGCAGGAGCCCAUCACGCACUUGAAGGUGCCGGGGCAACCGGCGCCUGUGGCGCUCACGGGGCCGGGCACGCGCAACACUGUCUCCGCAGCCGCUGCAGCCAUGUACAGCAGCACCAGCCCCACCGGCCUGUUCCGCGUGCAGCCGGUCUGUACGGCGUCGCAGCAGCAGCUUCUGGCGGCCAUUGACCGCAAGGUUCCGGCAGAUCUGCAGGCCGCCGCAGAGGGGUCCGGUGACGGCGCCCUCAGUGAUGCCGAGCUGAUGGCAGCGCUGGCUGGCUCCGCCAAUGGUAAAGCGCCUGGGUCGGACGGGGUCCCGUACGAGGUGUACAAGGUUUUCUGGGCACUGCUGGGCCCGCGCUUGUGUGCUGCUGCUGCCGCUGCCUUUGCUGCCGCUGCAGACGCCCACGAUGGCGGUGAAAUGGCGGCGGCGCUGCCCGCCUCCUGGCGGGAGGGCAUCAUCACCCUCAUCUACAAGGGCAAAAGCCUGGACCGCGCCGAGCUGGCGUCCUACCGGCCCAUCACGCUGCUCAACUGCGACUUCAAGAUGGUGUCCAAGGCCGUCAGCGCCCGCCUGCAGCCCGCCCUGGAUGCAGUUGUGGAUGAGCUGCAGACCGCGUUCAUCAUCGGCCGCUGGAUUGGAGACAACGCGCUGUACCUCCAAGGCCUGAUCGAAUGGAUGCGUCUGGACGUGGGCGCGGACGGCACGCCACGGCAGGGUGGUGCGCUGUACUUCUUGGACAUAGAAAAGGCGUAUUUUUUUUUUUGAGGAAUCAUCCUUACAAGGUUGAA